AUGCGCAUCCUGACGCAGGCCUGUGCUGCAGAAGCUUCCACUGCUAUCACGUGCUUUACAAGAGGACUUGACCUUAGAAAGGAGACGGAAGAUGUCCUUUGCCCAGCAAACUGUCCUCUAUGGCAAUUUUAUGUCUUUGGGGAUGGUGUUUAUGCCUCUCUUUCGAGUGUCUGUGGAGCUGCCAUACACAGGGGGGUGAUCACCAAUGAAGGAGGAGCUGUAAGGGUACAGGCUCUCCCAGGACAAGAAAACUACCCUGCUGUAAAUGCCAAUGGGAUCCAGUCUCAGGUGCUCACUAGAUGGGCUUCGUCUUUCUCAGUGACUCGUAUCAAGAACACAGCGCUUGAAGCAGUUGGACGAACUGUAUCAACAGCACGUCCUUCUACAGGUAAAAGACCUAAGAAGCCACUUGAUAAAAAGGCUGGAAACAAAGACUGUAAAGCUGAUAUUGCAUUUCUCAUUGAUGGAAGUUACAACAUCGGCCAACGUAGAUUUAAUUUGCAGAAAAACUUUGUUGGAAAAGUAGCUGUGAUGUUGGGAGUUGGAACAGAAGGGCCUCAUGUUGGAGUUGUGCAGGCCAGUGAACAUCCAAAAAUUGAAUUCUAUCUGAAAAACUUCACUGCUGCGAAAGAAGUUUUGUUUGCUAUAAAGGAAUUGGGAUUCAGAGGAGGCAAUUCUAAUACAGGGAAAGCUUUGAAGCACACAGCUCAGAAAUUCUUCUCUUUGGAAAAUGGAGCACGCAAAGGAAUUCCCAAGAUCAUUGUGGUGUUUCUAGAUGGCUGGCCCUCAGAUGAUCUAGAAGAAGCUGGCAUAGUGGCCAGAGAAUUUGGAGUCAAUGUAUUCAUUGUAUCUGUAGCAAAACCCACAACAGAGGAGCUGGGAAUGGUACAAGACAUUGGUUUUGUUGACAAA